UUGCAUGUGCGUGUGUGUGUGUCAGUGAGUAGAAAGCGCCGGCAGACAGUAAUCGGCUAUAUUCUUUCAGUUCUGUUUCAAACGUCAAGAGAGGAAAUUAAAGAAAAAUUCUUUUUUUGUUUGGUGUCAAAGACUAAGCACCAAAACUAGUUAAUAAUAUAACAGAAAUAACAAGAGGACGCUGCCACAAUGAAGUUGUGCAUAUUAUUGGCUGUCGUGGCCUUUGUGGGCCUCUCACUGGGUGAGGAAAAGAAGGAGAAGGACAAAGAGCUGGGCACCGUUAUUGGCAUCGAUCUGGGCACCACAUACUCAUGCGUUGGCGUUUACAAGAAUGGACGCGUGGAGAUCAUUGCCAACGAUCAGGGUAACCGCAUCACGCCCUCCUAUGUGGCCUUCACGGCCGAUGGCGAGCGUCUGAUUGGUGAUGCCGCCAAAAAUCAAUUGACCACAAAUCCCGAGAACACCGUCUUUGAUGCGAAGCGUUUGAUUGGACGCGAAUGGUCCGAUACGAAUGUGCAGCAUGACAUCAAAUUCUUCCCAUUCAAGGUGGUUGAGAAGAACUCGAAGCCACACAUCAGCGUUGAUACAUCGCAGGGCGCCAAGAUCUUUGCGCCCGAGGAGAUCUCUGCCAUGGUUCUCGGCAAGAUGAAGGAAACCGCCGAAGCCUAUCUCGGCAAGAAGGUCACCCACGCUGUUGUCACUGUGCCCGCGUACUUCAACGAUGCCCAGCGUCAGGCGACAAAGGAUGCGGGUGUCAUUGCCGGUCUGCAGGUGAUGCGCAUCAUCAAUGAGCCGACAGCGGCUGCCAUUGCCUACGGUCUGGACAAGAAAGAGGGCGAGAAGAAUGUGCUCGUUUUCGAUUUGGGCGGCGGCACCUUCGAUGUCUCCCUGCUGACCAUCGAUAAUGGUGUCUUCGAGGUGGUUGCCACCAAUGGUGACACUCACUUGGGUGGCGAAGAUUUCGAUCAGCGUGUCAUGGAUCACUUCAUCAAGCUGUACAAGAAGAAGAAGGGCAAGGAUAUUCGCAAGGACAACCGUGCUGUGCAGAAGCUGCGUCGUGAGGUCGAGAAGGCAAAGCGUGCUCUCUCUGGCUCCCAUCAAGUGCGCAUCGAAAUCGAGUCCUUCUUUGAGGGCGAUGACUUCUCCGAGACGCUGACCCGUGCCAAGUUCGAGGAGCUGAAUCUGGAUCUGUUCCGUUCGACCCUGAAGCCCGUGCAGAAGGUGCUCGAGGAUGCCGAUAUGAACAAGAAGGAUGUCCAUGAAAUUGUUCUGGUUGGUGGCUCCACUCGCAUACCCAAGGUGCAGCAGCUGGUCAAGGACUUCUUUGGCGGCAAGGAACCAUCUCGCGGCAUCAAUCCCGAUGAGGCUGUCGCCUACGGUGCUGCCGUCCAGGCUGGCGUACUCUCCGGCGAACAGGACACGGAUGCCAUCGUUCUGCUCGACGUCAAUCCACUGACCAUGGGCAUUGAGACUGUGGGCGGUGUCAUGACCAAACUGAUUCCACGUAACACAGUCAUUCCCACCAAGAAAUCACAGGUGUUCUCAACGGCCUCCGACAACCAGCACACGGUGACCAUUCAGGUGUACGAGGGUGAGCGUCCGAUGACCAAGGAUAACCAUUUGCUCGGCAAAUUCGAUUUGACCGGCAUUCCGCCAGCACCACGUGGCAUACCACAGAUCGAGGUAUCCUUCGAGAUCGAUGCCAACGGCAUUCUGCAGGUCAGCGCCGAGGACAAGGGCACCGGCAAUAAGGAGAAGAUUGUGAUUACCAACGAUCAGAACCGUUUGACGCCCGAGGAUAUCGAUCGCAUGAUCCACGACGCCGAGAAGUUCGCCGACGAGGACAAGAAGCUGAAGGAGCGCGUCGAAUCGCGCAACGAGCUGGAAUCAUAUGCGUACAGUCUCAAGAACCAGAUCGGCGACAAGGAGAAGCUCGGCGCCAAGCUCAGCGACGACGAGAAGACCAAACUGGAGACGGCCAUCGAUGAGUCCAUCAAAUGGCUCGAACAGAAUCCCGAUGCCGAUCCCGAGGAGUACAAGAAGCAAAAGAAGGAUCUUGAGUCCAUUGUCCAGCCCGUCAUUGCCAAGCUCUACCAGGGCACAGGCGGUGUACCUCCACCAGAGGGCGGCGAGGCUGGCGACGAUCUCAAGGAUGAGCUGUAAGCGCGUCGGCGGCAGAACUAAAUCAGACUGAUUAAGCAAUUAAAACUUGAUUGCAUCCCCCACAACAACAACAACAACAACACAGAACGGCAACAGCAACAAAAACAACAAGAAAAACAACACACACCCCAAAGCAAACGAUAAAGUUUUUACCAGCAACUCACAAUAUCUUAACCUCACGCUAAAUUCCUAGUAGCCACAGUUUUUUCAUUCUUUUUUUAAACUUUUUUUUUUUUUUUUGUUUAGUUUUAAUCUAAUGUUUUUAAAGUAUUCCUUCGGUAGGCAGAGAGUGAGUGGCAGAAAAGAGAGUUGUUGAAAUCGAGAAAGAGGAGAAAGGAAAACAAAGAGAAAAUGAGUAAAGGAAAAGCUUGAAGCAUCUUGUGUGCUCCUCGCAUUCCUCCUAACUUCAAAUGGCCAACAACCGUUAAACAGCAACAAGUAAAAAAUAAAUAAGAAGAAGAUAAACACACAUGCACUGUAUAUUUUUUGAUAAACGCUCGUCAAGUUGAGGAAUCACAAAUCAAUAGGUUAGCCUACAAGUUAUAAACAAACUUAAGAACUUAAAAGAAAUGAAAUGAAAAGAAGAAGAAUAAGAAGAAGAGAAUGUUAUAUGUAUAAGAGCGCGUGACACAGAUAAAGAGAGAGGGAGAGAGAGCGAGAGCGUGCGAGCGCUUCGGGGCAAUUAAAAUGAAGAAGAAGAAGAGUUUUAUGUGUAGCAUCAAACAAUAUAAAAUACAAUACCAAUAUGAAAAUGAAAUACAAGCAAAAAAAUAAAAAAAAUACACAGACAAAACAUUAAAAAAAUAAUAAUAAUAAU